CUUCUCCCCCAGGCUUUGUGACCACUUCUCCAUCUCCUCCAUAUUACCCAUCCCAUAUAUCCUGUCUGAUUAGACAUGGCUUCUUCCCUCAGAAUCGGUUCUACCGCUCUCCGGUCUUCCAUCGCGAAGCCGGUGCAGUCCGCUGCCUUCAAUGGCGUGCGCUGCUACUCUUCCGCUAAGGUUAAGUCCCUCAAGGACACCUUCGCCGACAACCUGCCCGCCGAGAUCGAGAAGGUCAAGAAGCUCCGCAAGGAGCACGGCAGCAAGGUCAUUGGUGAGGUUACCCUCGACCAGGCCUACGGUGGUGCCCGUGGCAUCAAGUCCCUCGUUUGGGAGGGUUCCGUCCUCGACUCUGAGGAGGGUAUCCGUUUCCGUGGCUACACUAUCCCCGAGUGCCAAAAGCUCCUGCCCAAGGCUCCCGGUGGUGAGGAGCCCCUGCCUGAGGGUCUCUUCUGGCUUCUGUUGACCGGCGAGAUCCCCUCCGAGCAGCAGGUCCGUAACCUGUCUGCCGAGUGGGCUGCCCGCUCCGAUGUCCCCAAGUUCAUUGAGGAGCUCAUCGAUCGUUGCCCCAACACCCUCCACCCCAUGGCCCAGUUCUCUCUGGCCGUGACCGCUCUCGAGCACGAGUCUGCCUUCGCCAAGGCCUACGCCAAGGGUGUCAACAAGAAGGAGUACUGGACCUACACCUUCGAGGACUCCAUGGACCUCAUCGCCAAGCUGCCCACCAUUGCUUCCCGCAUCUACCGCAACGUCUUCAAAGAUGGCAAGGUCGCCCCUGUCCAGAAGGACAAGGAUUACUCCUUCAACUUGGCCAACCAGCUUGGCUUCGGCGGCAACAAGGACUUUGUUGAGCUGAUGCGUCUGUACCUGACCAUCCACUCCGACCACGAGGGUGGUAACGUCAGCGCCCACACCACCCACUUGGUUGGCAGUGCUCUGAGCUCCCCCAUGCUCUCUCUGUCCGCUGGUCUCCAGGGUCUUGCCGGUCCCCUUCACGGUCUCGCUAACCAGGAGGUCCUGAACUGGAUCACCAAGAUGAAGGAGUCCGUCGGCAGCGACAUCAGUGACCAGUCCAUCAAGGACUACCUCUGGGCCACCCUUAACAGCGGCCAGGUCGUCCCCGGUUACGGCCACGCCGUUCUGCGCAAGACUGACCCCCGUUACGUCUCCCAGCGCGAGUUUGCUCUCCGCAAGCUUCCCGAUGACCCUCUGUUCAAGCUGGUCAGCCAGGUCUACAAGAUCGCCCCCGGCGUUCUGACCGAGCACGGCAAGACCAAGAACCCCUACCCCAACGUCGAUGCCCACUCUGGAGUCCUCCUCCAGUACUACGGUUUGACCGAGGCUAACUACUACACCGUCCUGUUCGGUGUGUCCCGUGCCAUUGGUGUCCUGCCCCAGCUGAUCAUCGACCGUGCUCUUGGUAUGCCCAUUGAGCGCCCCAAGUCUUUCAGCACCGAGGCCUACGCCAAGUUGGUUGGUGCUAAGCUUUAAGCUCAUGAAUUUUCCCAUCUCUUUUUUUUUAAUAUCACCCUCGGGGCCCGUUGAAAACCUGGGUUAGACAUUUGUAUUAUCUCCUUUGUUUGACCGAGAGAGUCUUUGGUUAUUUUCAUGUUGUAUGAUAGGGACUUGAUCGGUUCGAGCGGGCCUUGUAACAGAACUUCCAUGUCAAAUCAUUUAUGAUCUCCAAUUUAUUUUAAAACAAAAACA